AUGGUCUGCACGGCACGAUGCGCAAUGUUCAAGGUAGCUAUGGCGGGCAACACCUCGGCGGGAGCUGGUGAAUCUUCAGCCCAAGAUCGUAGCGGCAGCCAAGAUUCUGGUGUUUCUGCGCCAAGGGGAGCGCGAACAAGCCAGGGCUCGCUGAUCAAGGAGGUGCUGAAAAACUUCACCGUCGAGAAGUUCAAUGGUGAGGGCUAUGAUGAUUGGGCCUGGAAAAUGCAACUAUAUUUCCGUCAGAUCAGUUUGCUGAAACUAAUGAUUGGGGAGGAGCCUAGACCGAGUGACCCCGCCCUUCAGGAAGAUUGGGACGAGCGCGCCUCGGCUGGCUACUACUUGAUGUCGCAGAGUUUGGAGCUGAACCAGCGUCACCACGUCAUGCACCUGCUGCAGGAGGUCGAGUGCGGUCCGAAGGCGUGGAUCGUAUUGAAGGAGCUGAGCGCCCCGACCUCCGUCGCCGCUACGCUCAUGAUGGAGAGGGAGCUGUCCGCGUUGCGCCUGAGCGAGGGAGAGCCGGUGCAACCCAUCCUGGACAAGAUGCGUGAUCUCUACGCGAAGCUGGCGAUCGCGGGAAUCACCUACCCGGAGCAGACCAAGUGCCUGAAGAUGCUCUCGCUGCUGCCGGAAUCGUGGCUUCAAUUCACGAGCGGAUUGAGCCUGCCGCAGAACCAGAGCUUGUGGACGCUCGAGUGGGUGCGGAUGAAGAUUCUGGAGGAGGACUUCCGUCGCCGCCAACUGAGGGGUGGAGACGACGGCAGCAGCGGCUACGGGAUGCAAGGGAGCCGACGUGGCAGAGGACGUGGCUUCGGUGGUGCUGGACGCGGUGCAAAGAAGGACGACGACUCCAACGACCAACAGGGAUGUACCGGUUGGGGUCGCGGUGCAAAAUCUGGACGUGGGGGCAAGUCGAGUGCUGGUGGCAAAAUGAAAGGGAGUUGCUGGUAUUGUGAGAAGGAAGGGCACCCCUGGUUUUUGUGCUAUAAGAAACCCGAUGGAUGGACCCCCCAGAAUCGUCACCAGGAUGGCGGCGCGCGAAGGAACCAGAAAAACGGCGCGAACAUGGUCGCUGAUUCGUCCGACAACAACCCGAAGGGCAACGGCGGUGCGGAGAAGAAGAAGGAGCGCACCGCGGGCCAAUUCUUCCAUGUGGGAGACAAGGGGGAGCAAGGAGACGCAUCUGCCAAGGUUGGAGCAGAGCUGCACCCCCUGGACUUUUGGGUGGCUAGUGCGGGACGAGCUGCGUUUAAGGGAGCGGAUGACAAUCCGGUAGUGCUGCACGACGUUCUCCUCGUCCCCGAACUAAAGGCCAACCUUAUCUCGCUCCGUAAGCUUGGCAAGAUUGGGGUGAACACCAACACGGAUGGGGCUCGCACUUACAAGGGGCAGCUGGGCAAUCGGGUGCUUUGGGAUCUGCAUGAGAGCAAGGACGUGUACAGAUCCAUGUGGCAGCUGCCGGCGUUGGCGUGGCAUGGUGGGGGGCAGGCUGGAGAGGGGUCUGCAUCCCAGGGGGAGUGCAACGCCGUUGGAGGCGUUGGUGUGAAACUGGAGAAGGAUGGAGCCGUUAAGGGUCUGAAACUGAACGGACAACCACCCGAUGAUAACUGUGAAAUUUGCCUCCUUUCAAAGUUCACCCGUUUCCCCUUCCAUAGUGUGGCUGGCAGGAGCAAGAAGCCGUUGGAGCUGGUCCACAUGGACUUGGUGGGGCCGCUGCCGGUGCAAGGGCACAAGGGGGAGUGGUAUUUCCUAACCAUAGUGGAUGACUGGAGCAGGCUAAUGUGGGCGUAUCCGCUGAAGCAGAAAGAUCACGCCGCCUCCACGAUUCGGGAUGAUUGGCUGCCAUUCGUGGAGAAGCAAGCGGAGUGUAUGGUGAAGCGGAUUAGGACAGACCGGGGUGGUGAGUUCCUUGGAGCUGAAAUGACAGCCUGGCUCAAGAAGCAGGGCAUUCAGAGGGAGCUGACCACGGCUUAUACCCCACAGUCCAACGGUGUAGCAGAACGGGCGAACCGGACCAUUCUAGAGACAGCUAGGGCGCUGCUCAUAGAAUCUGGGCUUGGCAACUCCAUGUGGCCCCACGCUGUUCGGCACGCUACCGUCGCUAGGAACAGGGUGCUCACCAAGGUUGGUGAUGACUCGUGGGUGCCGUUGGAGAGGUGGCUUGGGAGGAAGCCGCCGGUGGACAUGCUGAGGGUGUUUGGCUGCAUGGCAGUCGCCCACGUCCCCAAGACCUACCGUAGUAAGUUGGGGGCAAGUGCAAUCUGGUGUGUGCAUUUGGGGUUGGCUGCUGAGAGCAAGGGAUGGCUGCUGUGGGAACCAUCCAAGGGUGUGUUGUUUGACAGCAGGGAUGUGAAAUUCAUUGAGGGCAUGAUGUAUGGGAGCUGGGAGAAACAGCCGGAGGCAAGGGUGUCCCAGCAGAUGGAGCAGAUCACCAUGCAGCUGGACCUGACUCCUAGUGUGUGGGAGGAGGGAGAGGAGGCAGCUGCGGACGGUGGUGAUGGAGAGAAGGUACAGGAGGCACCUGCUGAUGGAGGAGAGGUUAGUGGUGAAGCUGCUGGAUCUGAAAGAGGAGAGCAGCAGCAGAGCAAAGGUAAGGUGCCUAAGCUACCGCAAAUGAGGAAAACGAAGGGUGUCGUUAUGAAGGGGUGGGAAACACCCGUCUCUAGGCCAGGGCGCACCCGCAUGGCAACAAUGAAGCUGACUGCAGGAUCUGAUGUAGCAGAGCAGCAGCUUGGGAAUGAGGAGGCAAUGCUGAUUUUACCUCAUGGCAAUGACCCGGAUGAGGAGGAUGAGCCUGCGUACUGUUUUCUUGCCCCUGCACCAGAGGAACCAGCUAGCAUGGAGGAGGCAUUAGCUGGACCAGAUAGGGACAAGUGGCUGGCUUCUAGGGAUGCUGAGUACCAGAGCCUGCUGGAGAAUGGGACUUGGGAACUAGUGGUGCUGCCUGAGGGAAAGAAAGCGGUACAAUGCAAGUGGGUGCUAAGGAUCAAGACUGACGACAAGGGGCAGGUCACCAUCUACAAGAGUAGGUUGGUGGCUAAGGGGUUUAUGCAGAAGGAGAAGCGGGACUUCAAUGAGAUCUUUGCUCCCACUGCCAAACCCCCUACCCUUCGUGUCUUGUUGGCAGAUGCAGCCGUUAGUGGGAAAUUCAUUAUCCAGAUGGAUAUAUCAACGGCAUUCCUCAACGGAAUUUUAGAGGAGGAGGUGUUCAUGACGCAGCCGCCUGGGUAUGAGGAUGGUACGGGCAGGGUGUGCAAGCUGAAAAAGUCCAUCUACGGCUUGAAUCUCUUUCUCAAGGGGGAGGGGGAGAAGCUGGUGCUGUUUCUGGUCUACGUGGACGACAUUCUUCUCUUCAGCAGCAGCAUGAAAGAGAUCCAGAAAGUGCAGCAGCAGCUGAUGGAGAACUUCAAGUGCAAGAACCUUGGGGAGAAAUUUAUCAAGGAGCUGGGGGAGAAGUAUGGGAUUGAGAAUGAGCGCAAGGUUGCAACUCCCCUGCCAGCAGAAUUCAAGCUUGUGAAGGCUGCAGAGGAUGAAGGGGUUGAAACAAAGGAGCAGCAGCAAUUCCAGUCCUUGGUGGGCAGCCUCUUGUAUGCAGCAGUUCACACGAGGCCUGACAUCUCUUUCUCGGUUGGGCAGCUGGCUAGGGUGGUGCAGAAUCCAUCAGAGGAGCAGAUGGAUGCAGCUGAGCGCGUGGUGAAGUAUUUGAACUCUCACCCAAGCAUUGGAGUCCAAUACUCCGCAUCUGCACAGGUGAAGCAGAAAGGGGUUGAGGUGCUGAAAGAGAAGGGGGAGCGGCUUGGAGAAGGCAAGCUCUUUCUCACCUGCUUUACUGAUGCUACUUGGGCUUCUGAGAAGGAGGAUUCUUCAUCUGUGGGAGGAUACAUCUGCGUAGUUGGGGGUGGACCUGUUAGUUGGAGGUCCAAGAAGCAGACAGAGACGGCACUCUCCUCUGUUGAGUCAGAGUACAUGGCGAUGUUCCAUGGGGUGAAGGAGGUGAUUUGGCUGAGGAGGCUGUUAGAGGAGAUUGGCCAGGAGCAGAAGGUCGCUACGCCGCUGUUUUGUGACAGCAAGGGGGCUCUUGGGAUGGCCAGGAACGCUGUGCUUCAUGGGCUGAACAAGCACAUGCGUAUCAAGUGGCACUGGCUGCGUAAGGAGGUGAAGAGGGGGACAGUGAAUCCGAUCUACAUCAAGACUCACCAGCAGCCAGCAGACUUUCUCACCAAGAGGCUUGCGGAUGAGCCUCAUUGGCGUUGUGUGCGCAUGAGUGGAAUGAGCAUGAACUAG